AUGGAACUGACCUGGCUCCCAGACAUUCCCCAGUCGCGCAGUCGUACGAGGGCAUUGCGAGCUUGUGCCAAUUGCCAGCGUUCGAAGAAACGAUGUCGACACUUGAUCCCCAAAUGGGAACCCUCCAAUGAUCCAGAUCGGCAACCGCCCCAUUCCAAUAAUUAUAAUACUGUCCAGCCCAGUCCCCAAGGCCAGAGUCGCUUGGAUCCAUCAAAUAUAGACCGCGCGCGGACAGCGUCGGACAGUCCGGCGUCAACGUCUGUCCCCACUACAGAGAGAUUCGUGGGAGACCUCAAUCCAGAGUCAUUGAUUCGAGAAAGAUUAGACGAGCCUACCGGAAAUCCUCUACGAGACCGUAUUGGACUCUGGAUUAACUCCCCCGCGGCGCAAAAGGCAAAGCCACGAAAUGUGACAGGACAAGCGGAAUCAUCUAAUGCGCCAGGCGCCAACGAUGAACACGCUACUGCGUCAUUGCUUCAGCAGCGAUUCGCUGUGGGGAUGCAAGCAUCUCGGCAACUCCCUUUAUCUACGCGAGAGCCUUUAAUCGCCAUUUACUUUAACAAGGUCAACCACAUCAUCCCGAUAGUGGACCAAGGGUUCAUCCAAGCGCAGGCCGAUGGCUCAGCGUCUGUUUUCCUCGAGAAGGCCAUGUGUCUUGUAGCUGCGAAGACCUCUGCAGCUGUCCCCUAUCUAACACUCGCACCACACGGCCCGCUUCUACCCUCGCGCCAGUUCUGUUCCGAGAUAUACAGAGAGCUUGUCGUAGCCAUGGACGCAGAGUUGGAACCGGAUCGACUAACGCGGAUCCGUGUUCUAGCACUGAUGUCUCUGCAUUGCGAGGGAUAUGAAGGCGCAGAAGCCGCAUCUUUGCACCUCUGCCAAGCUAUACAUCAAUCUCAGACGGUAGGGCUGCAUCUCGGGCGUCCAAACCAGCCACCUACAGACUCCAUGACCAAAUUGUUCUGGUGUUUGUGGACACUUGAUAAGAUGCACGCAAGCAUUGGCGGUCGGCCAGUUCUGAUAGCAGAUCGCGAUGUUGGGGUCGUAAAACCUGAUCUCACUCAGAAGUCACGGGGCGCUUUCGAGGUCUGGCUUGCUGUUUCUGACCUGCUGGCGAAUGUCAUAUCUUUCUACAGACCUACAGCAGAUCCUACCGGUGGUUGGGAAGAGGGAUUCCCUGCUUUUGAAGAUCUCGUGGGGGAAGAUGCACAGGGAGAUCUGGACUUCGCCACAUUAGGAUUUUUGGAACUAUACUACCACUCCGUCGCCAUCUUAUCAUGCCGCUAUAAACCAACCGACAGUAUUGACGGCAGACUCUCAUCCGUCAGACAAGGCCUAGCAGCCGUGCGCAUUCACUCAAUUGUCGCAUCAGAGUGUGCAGACAGCCUUCCGCCCCUUCCAGUUGUCCCAUACUCAAUCACUCUCUCAAUGGGCGUCUCAUACCGCCAACUCCGCUCCAGCAAACUCAUCACACACCUCGACCGAGCAAAAGCCAGCCUGGAAGCUUGCUGCUCGUUAUUAGAAGACAUAAGCCCAUACUGGUACUCUGCCGAAGCCAUGGCCAGACUCGGCCAAAAAGCACUCCACCAAAUACACGGCCAGCCGACGCAGUCCAAGCCAGACUCUCGUGGAGACAGAGUCUUGGAAACGGCUCAUGUCACAUCCCAUGAAGAUUCCGUCCCAGCUAAACGACAGCGAAUUAACAGCGGACCAGUCUCGCCGCCUGAUAUCGCGCUGGAUACACUACCUGCACCGACGGAUCUGCAGGUCGACGGAUUCGCAGAUAUAGAUACGUUGUUCGGCGAGUUCUUGGAUCUAUCGCUACCAACUAACUUUUGGGAUCCGAUUUUCAUGGAACAUGAACCGCAGUCAUAA